AGUGUGAAUGGCAGAUUCUUGAAUUCAUCAACUAGUUCUCCAUUUACUCUCACUCAAAGACAAACUCUACACUCGCUCUUCUUUCUCCGGCGAACUUCGGUUCUACUCUUUCUACCACCGCCGUUCAUUUAUCCCGGUGAAGCCCAGCUCUAACAGCUUCAUCCAAAGAUGAGUUUCAGCAAAUGGGGUGGGAAGCCUUCAAAUUCAUCAGAAAAGCAGAAAGCUUCCUCUACACCAACAGUUGAGGAGAUAAAUCGAGGUGUUGGAGAUAUUGGUUUGAACUCUGAACAGAAUGAAGGAUGGGAAGUGUAUGCUAGGAAGCCCAAGAACAAGGGUGGAAGCAGUGCUGGGAAGCAAUGGGCUCCUCAGAAUCCUAGUCCAAAAGCUUGGGGAAACCAGAAUACUAAAGCUUGGGGUCAUCCAGAUGUUGGUAAGAAAUCGGGAACGCGUAACAAUGCUGGAUCAGGGCGGGGUUCUGGAAAUAACUGGUCUACACCUAGUGAUCCUCAAAAACUUGCAAGGCCGCAUCUAUAUGAUGGAGGUUUCCCAUCAUCUGCUCCAGUUCCUCCUGCUCUGAAGAAUGGUUGGGAUUGGUCUUCUAGAGUAGCCUCAGCUCAUCCCAAGGAUAAUUCCCAGGUUGCUGCUGCUGCUGAUGAUGAUAAGGCCAGUGAACAUGAUGCUGAGGAUAAUGAAUUGGAUUUUCUUGAUGAAAGUGAUGAUGACCUUCACAGUGAUGACUUUGAUUCAGAUGUGGGUGAAAUGAGUUAUGAGACACGCAAGAAAAAUCCUUGGUUCAAUCAACUUUUUCACUCUCUUGACAGUUUGACUGUCACUGAGAUCAAUGAGCCUGAACGACAGUGGCACUGCCCUGCAUGCAAAGGUGGUCCAGGCGCAAUUGAAUGGUUUACAGGGUUGCAAUCAUUGAUGACCCAUGCAAAAACGAAAGGAUUAAGGGUUAAAAUACACAGAGAACUUGCUGAACUUUUGGAGGAAGAGCUUCGUCAGAGAGGUACUUCUGUUGUACCUCCAGGUGAAGUGUAUGGAAGAUGGGGUGGCAUGGAAUUUAAAGAUAAAGAAAUUGUGUGGCCACCAAUGGUGAUUAUCAUGAACACAAGGCUUGAUAAAGAUGAAAACGAUAAGUGGAUUGGAAUGGGGAAUCAGGAGCUGCUUGAGUAUUUUAGCUCUUAUGCUGCUGUCAAGGCUCGACAUUCAUACGGUCCACAAGGCCAUCGUGGCAUGAGUUUGUUGAUUUUUGAGGCCUCUGCAGUGGGAUACAUUGAGGCUGAUCGUCUCAGUGAGCAUUUUUCUGAAAAUGGAAGAAAUAGAGAUGCAUGGGAACGUCGUUCAGCCCGCUUUUAUCCUGGGGGGAAACGUCUGCUCUAUGGUUACAUGGCAGAUAAAAAAGACAUAGAUAACUUCAAUCAGCAUUCAGCUGGGAAAUCAAAGUUGAAGUUUGAGAUGCGGUCAUACAAAGAAGCUGUUUGGAAUCCAGCCAAACAGAUGAGGGAAGAUAAUCAACAACUAAUAUGGUUCAAGAACAAAGCUGCUAAACACCAAAUGCAGGCUAAAGCUCUUGAAGAGUCUCUCAGUUUGGUGAGUGAAAAACACCGUCAGACAUUGGAAGAGAACAAGAUAGUCAGAUUGAAAACAAAGAUGCACCAUGAACAGAUCAAGGAAGAGAUGGAGUUUCAAGAACAGUUCUUCAAGGAUCAGAUCAAAAUAAUUCAUGAUGCCAGGACUGCCAGGGAGGACAAUUUUGAAAAGACACAGCAGGAGCAGCGUGAGAUGGUUAAACAAUCUAAUGCCAAUACUGCCUCGGUUGAGGAUCAUCGGGUCAGGGCAGAGAAAGUUGCCAAAUUUAUCAAACUCCAGGACAAGGAAAUGGAGGAGUUUGUGGAAGAGAGGGAGAAUCUGAUGCGAACUCAUGACGAUAGGAUAGCUGCAUUGAGACGCAAAUACUGGGAAGAGGAGGUUGAACUUGAAAGGAAAUUUGACCUUGAACUGUCUAAACUGAUGGAGAAGUACUCUCCGAAGCAAUCAGAUGAGGUCAAUAGCAGUGGCACCAUGUGACCUAUAUUCUUAUAGUAUUCAAAUAUCAUAGGCGCACUUUAAAUUGCUGAUGAACUUAGGAUGUAUGACUUCAAACAUGACAUGUGAGGAAGGCCCUUAUCUUAAUAGUCAAGCUGGGUAGUUGCAAGAAAAUGAGGUUUCGUGCUGCACAAACUUUUUUUCAUAUCCUGGUCUGACCAUGAGUCGUGAUGACUAUUGAUGCUAUUCAGAUAUUGUAAAACCUGUCUAGCACCCUCUAUUUGAUCACUUAAAUUGUGACUGAUCUGAUCACAACUUGUGUUAGGAUACGAGAGUGCUUGUACAAGCUACUUUUGUGCAUUUGCUCUUAUGUCUCUACCAGAAAUGCUUGCUUCAUCUCCA